CCGGCCGGGGCUCCGGAGAGGCGCCGCUUGCCGGUUCCCGGAGCCGCCCUGUUGCCGCCGCCUCCUUCCUCCGCUCGCGGUGAGCCCGUCAGUCCCCGCACUGUGCUCGCCUCCGUCUGGGCCAUGGAUGGUGUUGUUACAGAUCUUAUAGCAGUCGGUUUAAAGCGGGGGUCUGAUGAGCUUCUUUCUUCUGGCAUCAUUAACGGACCUUUUACCAUGAACAAUUCCACUCCUUCUGCAGGUGUGUAUGCUAAUGGGAAUGACAACAAGAAAUUUAAAGGAGAUAGACCUCCCUGUUCGCCUUCCCGUGUUCUCCAUCUUCGCAAAAUUCCAAGUGAUGUCACCGAAGCAGAGGUCAUAUCAUUAGGUCUACCAUUUGGCAAAGUAACUAAUCUUUUGAUGUUGAAAGGAAAAAGCCAGGCUUUCUUAGAAAUGGCUUCUGAGGAAGCUGCUGUUACUAUGGUGAAUUAUUACACUCCUGUUACUCCUCACCUUCGAAGCCAGCCUGUUUUUAUUCAGUAUUCCAAUCACAGAGAACUUAAGACUGACAAUCUGCCUAAUCAAGCUAGAGCCCAAGCUGCGCUGCAGGCGGUCGGUGCGGCCCAGUCAGGAAGCCUGGCCCUUCCUGGAGCGCCUCCCAAUGAAGGCACAGUCCUGCCGGGCCAGAGCCCUGUGCUCCGAAUAAUCAUUGAGAACCUCUUUUAUCCUGUUACCCUGGACGUUCUUCAUCAGAUAUUUUCUAAAUUUGGCACAGUCUUAAAGAUUAUCACCUUUACAAAGAAUAAUCAGUUUCAAGCCUUGCUUCAGUAUGCUGACCCAUUGAAUGCACAUUAUGCCAAAAUGGCUCUGGAUGGCCAGAAUAUCUAUAAUGCAUGCUGCACUCUGCGUAUUGACUUCUCCAAGCUCACCAGCCUUAAUGUGAAAUAUAAUAAUGACAAAAGCAGAGACUUCACUCGCUUAGACCUUCCCACUGGUGAUGGCCAGCCAUCCCUUGAACCCCCUAUGGCUGCUGCUUUUGGUGCACCAGGAAUCAUUUCCUCGCCGUAUGCAGGGGCUGCUGGAUUUGCCCCUGCUAUUGGAUUUCCUCAAGCUACAGGUCUGUCGGUCCCAGCUGGACUAGGUCCCGGAGCGCUCGGCCCCCUCGCAAUCACCUCCUCCGCUGUCACUGGAAGGAUGGCCAUUCCUGGGGCUGGUGGUAUGCCAGGAAAUUCUGUUCUGCUUGUCACCAAUCUUAAUCCUGAUCUAAUAACACCACAUGGACUUUUUAUACUAUUUGGAGUAUAUGGUGAUGUACAUCGAGUGAAGAUAAUGUUUAAUAAGAAAGAAAACGCAUUGGUUCAGAUGGCAGAUGCAAAUCAAGCUCAACUAGCAAUGAACCAUCUGAGCGGUCAGAGACUUUAUGGGAAGGUGCUUCGUGCUACACUGUCCAAGCAUCAAGCAGUUCAGCUUCCUCGAGAGGGACAAGAAGACCAAGGUCUGACUAAGGAUUUUAGCAAUAGUCCUUUGCAUCGCUUUAAAAAACCUGGCUCUAAAAACUUCCAGAAUAUUUUCCCCCCAUCAGCUACUCUGCAUCUUUCCAACAUCCCCCCCUCUGUUACAGUAGAUGACCUGAAGAAUCUUUUCACAGAAGCUGGAUGUUCAGUGAAGGCUUUUAAAUUCUUCCAGAAAGAUCGCAAAAUGGCACUCAUUCAGUUGGGAUCUGUGGAAGAAGCAAUCCAGGCCCUCAUUGAGCUUCAUAACCACGACCUUGGAGAAAAUCAUCACCUCAGAGUUUCCUUCUCAAAAUCUACAAUCUGACUUUUCUGUGAAUUUUUCUCCUAAGACUGGACCAUAAUUUUAGUAAAACCUUCAGACAUAGACUGAAGCAGCUCAAGACCAAUUCUGCCUCUUUUUCAAAAAUAACUCUUUCUGAGUUUGACGUUCAAGUAUAUUAAAAAAAUCAAGGGAUGUUCUCUUUUCCCACUUCUCCCCUCUGCCAGUACGUCAUCAGAGGCGUGUUUUUCCUUUGUACCAUUGUUUCUAAAAUGAAAAUAAUUUUCAGGAAAAAAUUUUUUUUCCAGUAAUUUAAUUCCCUAUAUUAAAUUGGAUUUCAAGAGGACAGACUUUCUUUUAAUUUGGGUCCAGAUCAGCCUUAUACAACAUUUCUAAACUCCUUUGUACUUUGAAAAAUUUAAACAGAUAGACUUUUAAAAUUACUUGACGUAAAUAAUUUAAAUGACCUACAACCAAGUUUUUAACUUUAUGAUUCAGAAAUUUGAGUCCUGUAGGAAACUAUGUUCUCUUGUAAGUUAUAACAGUUAUUUGGCAUAUAUUGAUACUUAUUAUACAUAAAUUGGGUUGUAUUGGAAGCAAAUUGAUAAACUCGCAUGUUUUCUUUCAGUUUUUUUUUUUUCCCACUGUAAGACACUCCUUUGCAUAUCUUUAACUUUUUGAAACUAUUUGGAGAAUGAAAUGUCUCAAUUGUCUCCAGGGAAAUUAUGUGGAAUCCAACCAGGAUCUAUUAAGGUGUCAGAAUAAUUAAUUUUAUUCGGGAAAAUCAUGUUUUAAAUUUCACAAUGACAGUUGCCUAGUAAUAUGAUCUUGGAAAAUUUAAAAAGAAAAAUAAUCCUACUUAUAAACUACUUUUUUAUAGUUUUCAGAAAAAAGUUUACAGUCUUAAGGAAAAUAUUCAGGUCUAUCAUAUGGUUUGACAGAUUUUUUAAAAGUUAUUUUUGGUAAAGUCUUCUUUUAGAAAAAAAAUUAAUCUCAAGGGUUUUUUGUACCACUAUAAUCUCUAAUACUUAUUCAGAAUUACUGUGUAUUUACUUAAUUUCCUAUUAUGUGCCUUAUUAUGUGCUUAUGAUAUAAUAGGUUAGAGUUUUAUCCAAGUAUCUUAAAAGCUAUAUCGUGGGCUUGGUGAGCAUUUGUUUUUUCUUUCCUUGUUUUGGCAAGACUUUUAAAGUUUUGUUUUGUUUUUUCAAUUGAAAUUUUAAGUGAUUUUCAAGAAGUAAUAGUUGCUAUUCAAAUUUUUGGUGCUUUGGUGUAGAGGUGGGGUGGGGAAGCGUUAAAUGGUUUUGGGAAUAACUCAGUGCACACCUGUAGGCCUCUUCAUACUGUGACCAGUAGUGGUCAUUGCGCUUAUAGCAUACCAGUUUGGGGCUAUACAAUGCAGUCUCCGUUUCUGGAUCUUGUCUAAUCUUUAUCACCCAUUAGAAUUUGUCUCAGGAUUGCUUGGUUUUUGUCAUAUACUCAAGUGAGCACUUGCUUUUCUUUGUUAAUGAAGCUCCGUACUGAGUGCGUGCCCACAUAUAUGCAGUAUGGGAAGGAGUGGGUUCUUGCUCUACUCUGUCCCUCUCUCUUUUCAGUUGAAUGUAAGCAUAUGUUUUAAUGUUGUUUCAGUGAUUGUAUAAUGUAAAAUUAUUUCUUUUAAAUUAGAUACUUUGCAUUGAUUACUUAUUCCUUCAGUGCUUGAGUAGGUUUUUUAAAGCAGAAUUUGUUAAAAGGGUCAUUUUUGUCUACCCCUUUUUCACUUUUCUCAGAUUCUCAAAGUGGCUCAUCUCACCUUUUAAAAGAAUAUCUCAAUCUCUUAUUAUAUUCCAACCAUUAAAUUAAACAGGAAAAUUUUAACAAAAAAAAUUUGCAAAAAUAUUGGAGAAUACAAAAGACAUUCUGGAUUGUUCAAAAGCAAAAUUCCCUCAACGCUGAGCAACAGUUAGUUGGAAGAAUAUGAAGGACACUAAAUUGAGAUCUUUGAAAUGGAUCAGUUUUAGUAUUGGCUGAUAGGUGUACUCAUAUAUCUAGGGUUUUUUUUUUUUUCUUCUUUUUUUCACUUAUAAAAUAUAUUUUUACCAAAACACUGAGUAAGAGGGAAGGGAGAAAAAUCCAGUUUCUUUAAGAAAUCACUCCAAGUUUGCUUCAUUUUUUUCCUUCUUUACAAGCACUAUUGUAAUUUUCAGUUAUAUUUUAAAUUGGAUGUUUUUUUCUUUUUGAGUUAGAAAUUACUGUGUAGUUUGAAUUCAUGAUUCUCGUAACAUUCAGUGUAAGUGUAGCAGAAGUGUAGCAGAAGGGAGAUCAUAAAUGGUGUUGAAUGUAAUUUUGAAGUAGGAAAUGGCCUUUAUAUUUGAGAGAGAACAUUUGAAUCCUUUUCAGGGCUUUGUGUGUGUGUGUGUGUGUGUGUAUAGAUGAGUGUAUAUACAUACAUACACUCCUCUGAUGUUGUACAUACAUAUGUACAUUACAUACAUCUUAAAUUAUUGACCAAAAACAUUAAUCAAAUUAAGAUUUGGAAAAGUGAGAUAUUCUUAUUUAAAACUGUGUUCGAAACCAUCAGUUUGUGUCUAAAAUUAGCUGUAGCACAUGGAUGUUGUUCAUAUUGGGCUGUUUGCUCUUUGAAUUAUAGAGGUCUACAGUAUUUGUGUUGACAUAGUUUCUGUAAAAAGAUUAAAAAAUAUCAGGGCAGUGAAAAAACUAGAUCUUUGUAUUUUUUGUUUUGGCAUGCAGUUAGUUGAUAUCUUCUAAGCAAUGUUUUGUUGUUGUUGAGCUGUGGUAGUAUCCUAUUUUAAAGUUUAUUUACUUUAUUUCCAGGAGAAUUGUCUUAUUUUUGGAGGUGUCUGACUUUGACACAAAUUAUAUAUAUUUAGGACUUUUAAAAAUAGCAGUACAAAAUGAAUAACCAACAAAAACCUAUAGUAUGGAACUCUGAAAAAAAAAAUAGCAGUACACAUUAAAUGGUAGCAAUUUAUGCCAAAAACUUUUGAGAUGUAAAUAACUUGCAUAGUAGUAAAUUGUGUUUUGUGUGAGAUACAAAUAGGAAAAUAAGCUUAAUAAUUUGAUAACUUACUGGAGAGUAUCAGAAUUGCCCAGUAGUGCCUACAGAAUGCCUUUGUUUAAGGCUAAGUUACUUGUAGUAAUGUUUCUGAUUUUGUUGUUGAAAGUUGCAAAUCUCAUAGUUUCUAGAGACACAGUUUUUGCCUGCCUGGUUCCUUAUGGGAGCAGUGUUUCUUUGGCUCCACCAGUGGCGCCCCACUCCAGUACUCUUGUCUGGAAAAUCCCAUGGACAGAGGAGCCUGGUGGGCUGCAGUCCAUGGGGUCGAGAAGAGUCGGAUAUGACUGAGUGACUUCACUUUCACUUUCCACUUUCAUGCAUUGGAGAAGGAAAUGGCGACCCACUCCAGUGUUCUUGCCUGGAGAAUCCCAGGGAUGGGGUCGCACAGAGUCGGACACGACUGAAGUGACUUAGCAGCAGCAGUAGCAGUAUGAUCAUCAUAGGUUCUGCUUCAGUUGAUUAGAAGUAACGCUCUUGAAUGUCUCUGUUCAGUUUUAUAUAAACUUUUGGAAACUUCCAUGUUAUUAAGCAGCCAGGUUAUACAGUGAUUGUAUUAUCAUGUAAUUCCCCUUCUGUUCCCACUAAAUAUUUUUUGGACGAAAGAUGACAAGCUCAAGAGUAUGUGUUCCCCUGCCCCCAGUGAGUCACUUAAAAACCUUAUUUGCCAAAUUGUCAGGCUCUCUCUUAGAAAAACUACUGUGUACUGCUAUUUUUAAAACCAAAAAGACACCAUGACUAUGGGUAAAAGCAUUUUUCUUAACCUUUCCUUUGUCUUGAUCUGUUGUUAACAAGAAUAAAACUGCCAGACUUAAAAUAAUCUACUAUUGUGCUAGAAAGAAAUACCAUUUAGAUUGCACAAAACUUUUCCCUUAAAGAAAAUGUAAUUCAGCUGUCUCUUAAUUCAGCUGUGUUAUUAUCUAGAAGACUAUUUGCAGUCUUUUUUCAGAGCAAAUUUUAACAGCUAGUUGUGAAUGAUUUAAAAAAUAGAAAAUUACUAAAAUAUCAGUUUGGGGGGUUUUAUAGAGGGAGAAAAACAAAAGAAACAGGACCAAAGUUUAUGUGCCUUCUUCAGUAGUCUUUCUUCCUAUUUGAGGUUUAGGUGGUAGUAUCAAUAUUCUGGUUUUCAGGAAAUGCAUACUAUAUAAUUUUAAAAGAAUGUUAUCCCACAGACCAUUCUUUCAAGGAAACAGUUGUAACUGUAAAAUGAAGUCUCAGUUAUACUUUUUGCCUUCCUCAUGUAAUAUUCAUAGCAUGUGCAGGUCCAAGAACAGAGCUGCUGUAAGUCUUUGUGGUAGUCAUCUUCAUUUCUGUAACCUGAGGCAUAUGUUCCAGAGAACAGGGGUAUUUUUCUGGCCCAGUGACCUUGGUGAUAAUAGUCAUGGUUGAAAGCUGCUUAUGGCAAGCUUAAAUCAGCACUGUAAACAGACUGUUGUUGUUGUUGUUUUUAGGUUAUUUUUAGUUCUUGAACCUGUGUAGUAGUUGUAAUAAUAAAUAUUUAAGUAACUAUUUUUUAUGUCAUUUACAAAAUCAUACUCUGGCCUUUUUUCCCUUUACCACUGAUACCCAGAUCUGUAAAAAAAAAUUCAUCCCACAUCCAAAAAGUACUAAUUAUAAAGAUUGCUAACCAAGCAGAGUUUUGCAUCAAAACGUCACCUCAUUGCUCUGACCAAAGACUGACUGUUCUGGUUUUGACUCCUUUCUGUUAAGCAUUUUUUCCCAAGCUCCUUUCUGAAAGAAGACCCAGUGCAAAGCGGCCUUUACUUUCUAUUUCCUAUUGGUGAAUAGACUACUUAGAGAAAAUGGGAGUUUAAAUGUGAACAGAAUGGGUUAGAUGAUAAGGGUUCAAUGGGCAUUUUCAGUACUGUAUUUAAGAAAAAAAAAAUAGCACAGCUAGGAGCCUCUGACAUUGUCUCGUGCUUUAUGUGGUCUGUUCAUAAAAUUCCCUUUUUCAGUUUAUAAGAAUGUUCAUCUAACAGAAGUAAAUGCUGUAAAUAUUUGUAACAACAUUUUUUUAAACCAGGCCAAAAAAGGGGGGAAAAAGCGGUUUUGGGGAACAAGUUGACAUAUAAAGUGGUUUUAUAUAAAACAUCAAUUGUCUUGUAUAUUUUGAUAAGCUGCAGUACCAGCUUUCAUUUGUAACACAGUUUGUGGCUUUGGAAGAAAAGGAUUCUGUGUUUGUCAAAGUGAAUCAUGUUAUAAAUGCAAAGAGACGAUAAAAUAUUAAAAAACAUAUUUUCUAA